CCAAACACAGAUAAAAGUGACGUGCUGAGGGGAUUUCUGAGUAGAAACCUAAAGACCGGACAGAUAUCCAGACAUGAUUUCAAGUGAUGACAGUACAGAUGGAAAACCAUCACACUGUAACACGGAAAGCAACGGAUCUAUGUACACAGUCAAAGUCGGGUCCAGAAGUCUUCCACUAUAUCCAUUGGUUAUCGUGUGUUUAGGACUACUAAACACUAUUCUGAUGUUAACUGCUAUUGUUAUUGGGGUUUACUGUGGCAAAGUCAGUGAGGAAUCUUCUCCCUACCAUUUAACAUCACAAGCUCUCAUCGCAGAGGUGAGGCAGCUUCAGUUAAUGCAGGCUGAAGUGAUUAAAGCUCAAGAAGAGGCCCGGCAAGCAUUACAGAGAGAGCUCAGGAACCAUCAGCAGCUAAAGAGGCAGUUACAGGAGAACAAGACCCUCAGUGACAGCAUUCAGCUGCAGCUUGAAAAACUAACAGUGGAGAAAGCAACACUGCAGGCCGAUUCAUCUGAUAUAUGGGAAAGUUGUGGACGCUGCCAGUCAGGAUGGCGUUUAUUUAACACAUCGUGCUACUUCCAUUCUAUAUCAGGACCCAAUCCCUUAAAGAACUGGUCAGACAGCAGGGAGGACUGCAUCAGGCGGGGGGCUGAUCUUGCUGUGAUUGAUAAUUUGGAAGAGCAGAUAAAUCUUUUUGAGUACCUACCUAAACAAGUUCCAAGCAUUCCUUCAUGGGGGAUCAGGCGAGAGGGCAUCUGGAUUGGUCUUACGGAUAUUCAAACGGAGGGCAAUUGGACGUGGAUAAAUAAUGUGACUCUGCAGAAUGAAAGGUACUGGAUACAAGGGGAGCCCAUCAACCACGGAGAGGAGGACUGUGCAGCACUUCUGAACAUGAAGAAGCCAAGGGCAACAUGGUUUUACGCAAACUGCCAAGAAAAAAAGGAGUGGUUAUGUGAAAUUGAGCCCAACUAGGUGUGGAGAGCAUGGUGAUCCAUAUCCAGGCAGAGUUUUAGUCUCUUCAUGGAAGUUUCCUCCAUAACGUCUGACCAGCACAGAACCAUCAUAAGGUCCAUUCUGUUACCAAACAUGUUCAGCAGAAGGCUUUAGCUCCAUGUUACAUCCUAUUGGAAAAAGAUCCUGCAGCUCAGACCAUAUUCAUCUUACAGUUAUAAAUGUUUCAGUAGUGGUGCUCUUGAAACAUUGAUCAUUUUGAUUUCAAGUGUUUUUAUCUUUGAUAAUGAUGAUUUCUGUUGUCAUUCCUUCUUCUACUACAUCUUAGUUAGAACUAUUCUUAAGUUGUUUUGAUUUUAC